AUGCCACUGUUCCAACUGCUUUUAUGCUUAAUUACCCUGGGGUUUGGGCUGUUGCGCUUACAUUACUGGGUGACCCGGAGAAACUUCAUCCGACAAAAUGACUGCCAGGAGACACCUUCGCUAACCGGAGGUGCUCAUUUCUUCGGAUUAGAUAUUGUCUACCUAUUAUUCAAAUGGUCAAAAAAUGGACUCGAAAAGCUGCCACUGGACAAGCAGUUUGCGUUUCUUGGCUCGACAUUCAAGAUGCAACGCUCCUUUAGGCUCAUCAUCUGCACCAUGGAUCCUCGCAAUAUCCAGUCCAUCUUUUCAUUAGAUGCUGUCAGCUUCGGCAACCACCCCUUGCGACACUUUGCAUUUUCGCCGCUCGUCGGGGAUGGGGUGAUGACAAUGGAUGGAGCCUCACAUGAACGUGCUCGUGCCUUAAUCCGGCCGAUUUUCUCUAGGACGCACAUCGAGAACGAGGCCGUGUAUAAUGUGCACGUGCAGAAGCUGAUCGAUUUGCUGCCAAAGGAUGGAUCAACCAUCGACCUGCAGCCUCUCUUCGAAAGACUGGAUCUUGACUCAUCCACCGAAUUCAUUUUCGGGGAAUCAGUGGCAUCGCUGGAUGCUGCAGACUCGCUCUUUGUGCCACAUAAGUUUCCGACUGCUUUUAAUAUUGCGCAGAAAGGCAUGGGGGUGCGCUUGCGAAUGCUCCAGUUUGACUUUUUGCAUCGUGACAAGAUGUUCUGGGAGUCUUGCCGGACGAUUCGCCAGUUCGUGAAGGAGUCCGUUCAGCGGGCUUUGCUUAGGCGUAGAAAGCGCGUCUCCCCGGCUGAGAAGAGUUAUGUCCUCGUUGACAACUUAAUCGAGGCUACCCCAGACCUUGGAGAAAUUCAAGACACACUCAUGAAUGUCUUUCUCCCCGGCCAUGAUACCAUUGGCAUUCUCCUAUCCAACAUUUUUUUUCACCUGGCUCGGAAUAGGGAUGUAUGGCACAAACUGCGCCAGGAAGUUCUAGGCCUGACUAAAAUCACGAAAAGCAGCUUAGGACGACUUGAAUACAUCCACCACGUCAUCAACGAGACACUUCGACUCAACCCCCCCGUGUCAAACAUGACCCGCAUCGCGUUGAAGGACACUACACUACCAACAGGCGGCGGACCAAAGGGCAAUUCCCCCGUAUUUGUUCCUCAAGGCACCAUCCUCAAUAGCAGUUUCCAAGACCUCCAUCGUCUCAGGGACAUUUAUGGUGAUGAUACAGAAAAAUGGCGACCGUCGCGAUGGGAGGAUCUUCAGCUCUCCAAUUUGGCCUGGAAAUUCCUCCCGUUCAGUGGCGGGCCGCAUGUAUGUCCGGCGAAGAGUUUGGCCUUGAAUAGGGUUGCUUUCACGGUUGCUAAGAUCGUCAGGGCAGUUGAUCGGAUUGAGAAUCGUGAUCCUGUGCAAGAGUAUGUUCCCGCGUAUAAACUUGUAACAGCGAGCCAGAAUGGGGUCAAGGUUGCACUGUACAAGACUGCUCCUUAA